AUGGGGCAGGCAGAGCCGCGGUGUUCCCCUGCCAGGCACCGGCAGAGCCCCACCGAGGAAGGGGACAAAUGCUUGAGGAAACUCUCCAGUGGGCUUUAUACGUUUCAGACCUACCUUCAAUACGUACAAGAAACUUUUACCAGUGAAAAGCAAAAUGUUGAAUCGCUGUGCUAUAGUACAGAGCACCUGGCACGCACCAUAAGACAGAUGGUGAUAAACCCCGAUGAAGUGAUCAUCCCAGACUCAGCUACCCAGGAAUCCCUCCGCGCAAAGCUGAAGUCCGAUAAGACCUGGAUAGAGAAAAUCACCAUCCACCUCAUCCUCCGAGACUUUACUUCAUUUAUGGAGAAAACCGUGAGGGCUGUUCGCUAUUUGAAAAAUACCAGGAGUUUCAGUGUCUGAAUGUUUUAAUUCAGGCACAAUCCUUUGUUACAAAUCUGUCAUGUGGCAGAUGACAGUGUUGUUCUGUUUUAAGAACCAGAAAUAGUAACAAUGGUUUGCAUUUAUAUACAUUCUCAUUUCCUUCUAGGAACCUAUUUAUUGUAUUUAAAAAUAUU